AUCAACAUGAAGUGUAUGGCGACGUGCUUUACUUUGCUUCUCACCCAAGUUGCAGCCUUGCCUGAUUCAGAGGCAAUAGUUCAUUAUAGUGGGUAUGAAUACAUUUUCUUCAACAAAGGGCCAAGUUAUCGAUUAACAUUUGAUGAAGCAAACCAAGAUUGUAUUGCUAGAGGUGGCAGACUGGCAGAUAUCAAAUCUUCCGGCGUUCAAAACAUGAUUACGAAUCAACUUGAUUAUAUGGAGUUAAAUGAAGAUGGUUGGAGCUAUUGGGAUCGCGGUUACUGGAUUGGGGGAAUGUGUGCAGGUGGUAAAUAUAAUUGGUAUUGGGAAGAUGGGACAAGCGUAGUUUACACGAACUGGUAUGUUACUAUGCUAAGAAACUGUGGUACACAUGAACCAAGCUAUUACAAAAAUUCAAGUCGAAUUGUAGUGUAUGGGUUUGACGUGCAUGGUACUUGCAACAAUGUAUUAGGUGCUUGGGGAAGCACUGAAGAUGGUUAUGAUAAGAAGAACUGGAUAUGCGUAAGAGAUGACCCAUGUUAUUCAAACCAUUGUAUUUAUGGGGCAUGUAAUGGGACAACUUCUGGAUAUGAAUGUAUAUGUUAUGAUGGAUAUAUAGGAACUUACUGCCAAAUAGAUUUAUGCCAGCCAAAUCCAUGUUUUAAUGGGACAUGUAGCCAUGCAACUGGUGGAUAUAAAUGCUCAUGUUUUAUUGGAUAUUCAGGAACUAAUUGUGAGACAGACAUAGACGACUGUGCCUCAACGCCUUGUGCUAAUGGUGGGACCUGCACAGAUGGGGUGGCUAGUUUCACUUGUGCAUGUGUUAAUGGGUAUAUAGGAACUAAUUGUAAGACAGGUAACUUGGUUUAAGCAAUUACCGUUAAAUGUCUUGCCCAAAGACACAUAUGGCCACAAUAGUGGCAACAACGAGCCUUGAAUCUGUAACCUCUGGGUUAGACGCAGGCCCGCUAAUCAUUCUGCCACAACGCCGGUCAUUUUCCUAGAUUGCUAUUCUAACUCUUUUUUUUACAGACA